AUGAUUGCCUCUUUCCUUUUCUAUGCUCUCCUCGCCUCAUCCUCGACAGCCAACGCCUACUCCCUAGCCAAAUCCUUCACCUAUUCCGUCGUACCUGGCAUCUUCCAACAAGACGAUCCUGCCACCGAUCCCUCCACCUUCAACUUCACAGCCUCCAACUUCGGCCUCAUCCCACGGCCCUACCCAAGUGAUCCAUCCUGCCCCAACCCCCAACAAGCCACCCAAUGGCAACGCCUAUCCCACUACAUCACCACCCUCAACGCCCAAGCCAACAGCUCUGACCGCUACACCCUCCUCUUCCUCGGCCGCCACGGUGAAGGCUUCCACAACGCGGCCGAAUCCUACUUUGGCACCCCAGCAUGGAACUGCCACUGGGCUGUCCGCAACGGCAACGCAACCGUCACCUGGGCAGACGCUCAACUCACGCCCCUCGGCGCGCAGCAGGCCACCCAGGUCAGAGACUUCUGGCAGCACCUUCUCACGGAUGAGAAAAUCUCCCCGCCAGACUCCUACUACACAAGCCCGCUGUACCGCUGCCUCACCACCGCUGACCUCUCCUUCUCAACCCUCGACUUACCCGCCUCCAAGCCCUUCAAGCCCAUUGUCAAGGAGUUCCUGCGCGAGGGCAUCAGCGCGCAUACGUGUGAUCGUCGCAGCGACAAGUCCUUUCUUGAGCGCCAGUUCCCAGCCUUUGCGUUUGAAGCCGGCUUUCAGGAGGAAGACCCGUACUGGAUGGAAAUGAAGACGGAGCCGAGGGAGAAUCAGGAUGCGAGGUCCAAGGCAGUGUUGGAUGAUAUUUUUGGAGGGGACAGGGCGUCCUAUAUUUCCGUGACUGCGCAUUCGGGUGCGGUUUCGAGUUUGUUGAGAGGGCGUGGGAUUCCGUCUCCAGAGGUUCACGUCCCUCUGUAUACCCCAGAUACUGACUCCCGUGUCCCACAAACAAUAGUCCUCAACCACCGCCCCUUCCGCCUCAGUACGGGCUCCGCCAUGCCCGUCCUCGUCAAGAUAACAAGCAGCACUACGGAAACCCCGCCUUCGCCUGCGCUGCCGUAUACGCCCAAGACGACGUGUGCGGUCCCGCCGACGAUUCGCGAGCCUAGCUGCAAUGAUUGCUCGUGCUGUGUUUGA